UCUCUGCUUUCGAAGAGAUAAAAGGGAAACCAUGGAAAGGCUUUCAUACUCGUUUUCUCCAACCCCUUUGCAAAUCUCUCGAAAGCCUUCUCCUUUCACUUAUCGACUCGCCAAUUCCGACUCUCCUAAACUCAGUUUUGCACCUUCUCUCGCUCGACCUCAACUCAGACGAGUCAGAUCAAUUUCAUGCAAGACAAAUGACCCAUCUCAGUUUUCUCGUGUUCAAUACAAUGCAAGCUAUGAAUUGUCUUCAAUCGUUUCUCCCCUAGCCGGAACAGGAAAUGGGUCAAAACUCGGUUCCAAUAUCCUCAAGCUUAUUGCAAUGGGCGCUUCUUCCAAAAGAAAGGCAAUCACGGAUUGGGCGAUGUCUGUUGCUCUCUAUGCAGUUAUCAUGUUCUUGAUUCAACCGAUUUUCGCACCAACAGCCUUCGCAACCUUUCAAAUCGCCGCCAAAACUAGUGGAACUGCAGCUAGGGGCAGACUAAUCUAUGUCAAGUUAUUAAGUAGUGAGUGGACUGGUUUCUUUUCCGGUUGUUUCCACACCCUGUCAGGGCCAGACCACCUUAUGGCUUUGGCUCCGCUAUCGAUCGGACGUACACGGAUGGGAAACGCUGUUGUUGGAGCUCUGUGGGGUUUUGGUAUGAUGCUGGUCAGGUAA